AACAUUGUACUCAACUGGCAAGGCAUCAAAAGAGAUGAGCAAGAGAGGAGGGACUGCACAGACAAGAGAGGAAACCACGUUGUCCCAUAGCAAAGCUGAACUCAUCGUCAUGUCACUUAAGAAGACACUUCGCAAUCAUGAUGUGAGUUGAUUCCUUAUUCUAUUGGACGAGUAGUGGCUAAAUACGGGUGUCUACCAACUUCAGAAAUGAUUCGAAUUAAUAACACACAGUAUCCCCACUUCCUGGAGCAGGCGGAUGCUCUGCGACGCUCAGGAACUCUCUGUGAUGUGAUCAUCUCUGUGAAGAGUCACACAUUCAAAGCUCACAGGCUCGUACUGGCGUGUGCUAGCAGAAGACUAGCACAGCAGCUAUCCAAAGAUGACAUAGACAGCCCAUCCUGUUGUACUCUGGAGCAUUUCUCGCCUCACACCUUCCAGCAGAUCCUGGACUUCACCUACAACCAUACCCUUGAGGUGCCUGAAGAAGAUUUGUGUUUGUUGCUAAGAGCUGCCCAGCUGCUGGACAUGCAGCUGCUGGCUGACCAGUGCCGCAAACAACUGGAUACACUCAACCAAAGGGACAGAGGGGACGACAGAAAAGAAGAUAUUGAAAGUGAAAAUGAAGAAGAAAAUAAUCAUGCUCUAGAGAAGGAUUCAAAGAAGAAGGAACUUGCUCACGACAACAAAAUUCAAGGCAAUUAUUCCACAGAGGAAAAGGUCAACAAAACCAUUGUAGCUGAAAAUCAUUCAACCUAUGUUUGUGCAGAAAACCACAACAAUUCAUCAUGCCCAAGACAAAAGCCCAGACUUUCCCCAAUACCAACAACACCCGACUCUAGACACAUCAGCGUCAUCACCAGGCCAGUAACCAGCUGUUCUUCUGUCCUUCCUGCAUGCACUUUCCCCACUAACAAGUGGACCCCCGCGAGAGCUUAG